AUGUACCCUCGGAUCACCGCCGACGCGCAAAACAACUACUGUGCUGGACUCGACCUGGCAGCUGCGCUGACUUACAUAAUGGCGGCGACCGUGUCGCCGGCGAACGAUGAUCCGGGAAAGCUCGACCGGCCUGUGGACCAGGUGGACAGCGACCUGGAUGCCGAGGGCGAAGAGGAAACAGACUUGUAUCAGAUGGAUCAGCAGCUCCAGGACGCGGUUCACCGAGCAUAUUCCGGGGAGGUUGCUGAGGAGAAUGGUGACGGUGGCGUGAACGAAGAGGCAUUGUGCGCUGACGCUAUGGAUGAACAAAACGGUGGCGACGACGACGCUGAACCUGUUGGUGCUGUGAAGCUUCCCGAUGCCGGCGCGUCUUCCGAUGAGGAGGAUGCCGAUUUUGAAGCAGCCGACGCAGAUGCCGAUCCCGCAUUUGAGGAUGAUAAUGACCACGAUGCUUCGCAAUCGGAGGCGAGCGACCAGGAGUCAGAGGCCGAAGAGGAUUGGGAAGCAGAAAGCAAUGGCCGGGAGGAUAUCGAGGGCGAUAACCGCAGUCGCUCCAAUUGCAUGUUCUGUAACCAGGAUGAGGAACACGACCCCAGCGAGGAGUUUGAGGAAUAUCUGACCUGUACAGUGUGUGGCGAUCAUUCCCAUCGCCAAUGCGCCCGUGAACAAGAGGCAUUCCACGAUACUGAAGAUCCCUGGAGAUGUCCCACUUGCGUUCGCCAGAACUUGGGGCCGGAUUCCGUCGGUGUUUCGGCGCCACAGUCCAAGGCUGGAGCGCCGCAUUUGCCGAGGGAGCUUUUGCCUGCCCAUAGUGGAAAACACGACUCGGGGUUCCACUCUAUCUUCGACACCGCCGUCGAUGAUGAGUUGCUUAAUAGCUCGCGGUCGCUGCGCAAGCGGAAAGCCUCGAUGGAAGUGGAAGAGCAUGUCCCUGUCCUUCGCAAGAGACUACGGCAAACAUCAUUUCGGUCAGCUCAGCCGGAUUUGACUGAUCCGGCCUUCCAAGGUGGUGACGGCACUGGCGAUACCGAGUCACAAUCUCCCGCUCGAGGACGUCCCGUUCGUGCUCGGCGCACCCGUGGAGCCGACCGAGAACAUUGUCGAGUUGUCUCCAGGCAGCAGGGGAAAUUAGUUGUCAGCUUCCGGCUUGAUGAAGGGAAGGUAACCAAGAUUCUCAGCACCCAAAGCCGACCGCAGCGAAAGAAAAAGAAGAAGCAACCCAAGCCGCCGCCUGCCACACAAGAGCCCCUGGCCCAUUUUGCUCCUAUUCCCCCCGCACCCUACACUACCCCUUUCACUCCCUUUCACGAUCGAGAAGUCGAUGACCUCAAGUCCAAGCCGUAUGGCGGUAUUUUGUCGGAAGCCGAGGCCGAUACGUCCAAGACACUGCCGACCCAAUUCGACCGCGACCGCUUCGAGCAAGCUCGCCAGAUGGCUGAAUAUGAAUGGCAGCGCAGGGUUCGCGAGGCAGAGCUCAACGGCGAAGCCAUGCCGACCGCAUCGCAGAAGGUGUCUGGUCCUCCUUCGAAAAUCAAAAACAUCAAUUUUGGUGGCUACGAAAUCGAAACCUGGUAUGCAGCACCAUAUCCCGAGGAAUAUAGUCGCAACCGCGUGCUGUACAUUUGCGAGUUCUGUCUCAAAUACAUGAACUCGGACUACGUCGCCUGGCGCCACAAACUCAAAUGUCCGGCGAAGAACCCGCCCGGCGACGAGAUCUAUCGUUAUGGCUCCAUUUCUAUCUUCGAGGUUGAUGGGCGAAAGAACCCCGUCUACUGUCAAAAUCUUUGUCUUCUUGCCAAGCUCUUCUUGGGCUCCAAAACCCUUUACUAUGAUGUCGAGCCAUUCCUUUUCUACGUGAUGACCGAAUACGACGAUUUGGGCUGCCAUUUCGUUGGUUAUUUCAGCAAAGAAAAACGGCCGAGCUCGGCCAACAAUGUCUCUUGCAUUCUCACCCUUCCUAUCCACCAACGCAAAGGCUACGGAAACCUUCUCAUCGACUUCUCAUACCUCCUCACACGCAUCGAAGGCAAGAAUGGAUCGCCUGAGAAACCACUCUCCGACAUGGGUCUAGUGUCGUAUCGCAAUUACUGGCGCCUGAUCCUGUCAUACCAACUUCGCGAUCUGAAGGGCCCUGUCAGCAUUGCAGAUCUGUCCGAUCGGACGGGGAUGACGGCCGAUGACAUCGUCUCGGCGCUCGAGGGGCUGCGAGCGCUGGUGCGGGACCCCAUUACCAAAGCCUACGCUUUCCGUCUUGAUCAUAAGUAUUUCGAAGAGGUGAUCAGUCACUGGGAGAACAAGGGCUACGUUCAGCUCAACCCUGACGCGCUGCUGUGGACCCCAUACAUCAUGGGCCGUAGCAACCAGUCUCAGUUCGAUAGGGCUCCUCUGCAUGCAGUUGCACCUCGAGAAGACCCUGACGAGGAAGAGGAAGAAGCUGCAGAUGCCGCCGAUGCCCCCACAGCCAACGGAACGGGCGCAGAGCUUGAGGGAUCUGCUGGGCCACCUUCAACGACCGCCCUGCCCCAAACAAACGGCGUCCAUCAAUCCGCCACGCCCGGUAGCUCGGAGACUUUGCCAGCGCCCAACCCUGCCGCAGGGAUACCUCCCUCUCGGUUCGAGCUCUGGCCACCCGUCCAUGUCCCCGCUCCUUCCAAACGCAAGGCCGGUCGUCCCAACAGCCACAAAGCCAACCCCCGGCCAUCAAUGACCCCGACCGCAACCCGCACUAGCGGUCGCACCACCCCGCGCCGAGCCUCCGCGCUGCCGAUGCUCACCCCCACAGGCAACACGUCCAGUGUCCGUCGCGGCCGCAGUGCCAAGCUGACCGAAUCUCCCGGGGCAGAGGGUACCCCGACCCAAAUCAAUGGCCUCGAGGCGGAGCAAAGCGAACUUGUCGACGAUGGAGCCGUGCAUAACCCAGACGCCCAAGAAUUGGGACUCGCAGUAGAUGGAGUUGCAGACGAGGGCCAACCCCUAGAAAAUGUCAACGGCGACAAUGAAGCAGAGGAACGGAUCGAGACCAACGGGGUGGACACCAUUGAGCCACCUGUUGGAAAUGGCAGCCCCAAGACCCCUGAGAAGAAUAAGUUAAAGUCCACAUCACGGUCCCCGGAAACAGCCGCUUCCAAUCUAUCCAAUGAUCACCCCAAAACACCUCGGUCGGUCAAUCGAAAGGCGUUGGUUGAGAAGGUUCAGGUGGUGAUUCCUGCCGAUUCCAACUCGACGUCUCGCAAAGAUGCCAAGGUCAAUGGUACCAAGGCUCCAGCUGAGACCAGUGACAUGGCCGUGGAUGAUUAUGUCGAUGCCGAUGCGGACGCUGACGCCGAGUUUGAAGUGGACGGCGACGUUGUGAUGGAGACAUGA